AUGACCCACACUGCCGAAUAUCUUCCCGCUCACGAAAUUGAUAUCUCUUCCAUUCUUCAAGGUGGAUAUAACACUCCUCUUGCCAGAACAUGGCAACACGAGCGCCAGCUCUCGAAGAAUAUGUUCAUCUAUCCAUUAUUCAUCUCUGAUAGACCAGACGAGGAGCAACCUAUUCCAUCCCUUCCACAUAUUUCUAGAUACGGUGUCAAUAAGGUGGUUCCUUAUGUUGCCUCUUUGGUUAAAAAGGGUCUUCGUGCCGUGAUUUUAUUUGGUGUUCUAUUGGAUACCCCCAAAGACCCAGAAGGAACUUGUGCUGAUGAUCCUAAUGGACCGGUUAUCCAGGCUGUUAAGGUUUUGCGGGAAGAAUUCCCUGACUUGUUUGUCAUGUGUGAUGUCUGUCUCUGCGAAUAUACUUCUCACGGUCAUUGUGGUAUCCUCUACGAGGACGGCUCCCUUAACAACGAGAUGUCCAUCAGACGUAUCGCCGCCGUUGCCGUUAACUAUGCCAGAGCUGGUGCUCAUUGUGUCGCGCCUUCUGACAUGAUGGAUGGUCGUAUCAAAGCUGUCAAACAAGGUUUAGCCGAUGCUGGCUUGGCUCAUAAGGUAUUUGUCAUGUCUUAUGCAGCCAAGUUCAGUGGUAACUUGUAUGGACCUUUUAGAGAUGCUGCAGACUCUUGCCCUGCUCAUGGUGACAGAAAGUGUUAUCAGUUGCCUUCCGGUGGUGCCGGUUUAGCUAGAAGGGCCAUGAAAAGAGACAUGCGCGAAGGUACAGAUGCUAUCAUCGUCAAGCCUUCCACUUUCUACUUGGAUAUUGUCAGAGAUGCUUCUCAUAUUUGUGAGGAUUACCCUGUCUGCGCCUACCAUGUCUCUGGUGAGUAUGCCAUGUUGUUUGCUGCCGCUGAAAAGGGUGUUGUCGAUUUAAAGACCAUCGCUUUUGAGGCUCACUACGGUUUCCUUAGAGCCGGUGCCAGAUUGAUUAUCUCCUACUUCACUCCAUACUUCUUGGAUUGGCUAGAUGAGGCUGAACCUAUUCCAAUGUAA